AUGCACUGGCCGGUGGUUUGCGAGAACAGGGAGGGGGAUGGAGCGGCAGCAGGGGGUCGAGGGGGGCGAAGCAUGCCACCUCCCUUCCGCAUCGCUGUGAUGGGGGCGCAAGGCGUGGGCAAGACUGCCAUCGUGCAGCGCUUCCUCCACGAUGACUACAGCGAGGCGCCCGCCCCUGCAACCAUCCGCGCCCGCCGGGUCCACCUGUCUGCGGCUGUGCUCAAUGGCCACGUGCACGACCUGCAGAUCACCGACUAUCCUGCCAUCACCAUCUUCCCCGGGAACUCACUGCAGGUACCCACUAAAGCACAACAGUGAUGGGAACUGAUGUGUGCGGCAGGUUAGACAUUGUAGACAGGUGAAAGGUCCAGUUUAAUGUUAUGACAUGAGGAGAGGAAGCCACUUCCGCUUUGAUGCUGUGUGUGCCCUACUUUGAUGCCUCACAGUCCCUUUUAUCUAAACACACACACACACACACACACACACACACACACACACACACUUAUCUGAAAGUGUGUAGUCAGCAGCUUUGUCAUUGGGGUAGAAAAUAGGACAAACUGCUCUCUGUAUUCACCUGGGAUGUCACAUAAAAGGAAGAGAGCUGUUUUAUCUCUACUCAAGUUCAAAUAUCUGAUAUUCUCAGAUGAAUGUAUUAUACAACACAGGGCUCUCCUGAGAACAUUGUUAUAAGAGGGAGAAAGUAGAUGUGGUUAUGACUGUCCAGAAGAUACUGCUAAAGCAGCUUUCAGUGUUGUAGUACUCGAGACCGGUCUCGAGACCACAUAUUGAGUGUCUCGGUCCUGUCUCGGUGUCGAACAGUGAGGACUCGUAAUUUCUUCCCGAGACCAGCCGAGACCAGCGGAGUAAAAAACUCAUAAUUAUCAGCUUCCAUUCAGGCAGGGCAUAAAACAGCUUCGCCAGGCCAAGUAUAUACACUCCUUUCUUGAAACAUUAAUAUCUUAACAGCCUUUAUAUCUAUUAUAUACAUGUUUGCGCUGUGGCGAACCUAUAGGCCUUCAGUGUGUGACAGGUUCGUGAUUUUGAAACACAAAGGGCCAGUGGUGUAGUAGAGGGUACGCGCAGGUAUAAACCGUAUACCCACUUUUUUUCAGUGGGCAUUGUUUAUACUCACUUCUUAAUCCCUACUGAUGCGUAUCAAAGUAGUGUUGUGGAGGUAUACGAUUUAUCAGUUACGUAGUACAAUAGAGAAAUCAUUCACAAAGUAGCCUACACAAUCGCAAAGCACGUGACAUAUAUUCACAUUCGCGCCAAACACAGUCUAGUUUCAACGGAAUAUCAUCUGCGGCAGCAAGAGUGUGCAGCUCUCAACUGGUUUUGGCGUGGAGCAGCUCACAGAAGAAUGACAUCGGUAGCGGUUAGGGUAGGAAAGACGUUUCAAUUUAUGAUAUCUACCAGUAAAUACUAAGGCAACAAUGGGUAUGUAAACCAGGUAUUGAAAAAGUUUAGUCCGAAGUGUUGGUUAGUUGGCUAUUGGUGAUGUGCAUUUGUCAUCAUGCACUGUUUGCAUCAGGGGCAUAGACAUGGAUGAGCCUGGAUGGACAGAGGCCCACCCACUGGGGAGCCAGGCCCUUACAGGCCCACCCAAUCAGAUCGAUGUGAUUUAAGCAUUGUUGUGGACUUAGACCAUCACAUUUUUGUCAUUUUUCUAUUUAAAAAAAAUGUGAUUUUGAGAGUGAAAAUCUGAAAAAUCUAUAGGAAAACUCAUAAGAAACUAAGGAUUUUUCCUUCGCUGGGUGGGCCGUUUGGGAACUUUUUGGCAAAUUUAGAGUAUGCCCACUUCUCCAGGCACAACUACACCCCUGCAUAGGGCCGAUGGAAAGACAGCAGUCACACACAGCAUGAUGUUAAAGGAUAACCAGUCCAUAAACUCGGACAUAAUAAGCCAGUAGGUCCCAAUCAUAAGAAUACAAAAACACAACCAUUAAGCAUUUCCCAAUCUAAAUGUACAACUAUUACUUCCCAUUGCAAAAAACAUUUUAUGUUUAGCACUCAAAGUAACCAGUGACCUAAAGUUUAAAGUGGAGCUGACAGCGUUUUAACUACUUUGCAGAUAUGAAACAAAAAACAAUAUAAUAUCAGUACAAAAUAUCAAAUUCCCUGUUUAUGCUACACAACCAACUUUAUAAGGAGGUUUUAAAAAUAGGUUAUAUUUGACUCACAGUUCCAUGAUGUACACUAAGGCAUUGUUGGCAGAAUAGAUGGAUGCAGUUAAAUGCAUGAUUAAUAUAAUUCAGCAAUACAUUUCUGGAGAGUCCAAAAAAUAUUGCUAUCAGGUUGUAAACCACAGCUGGCCUGGUACAUUGUUUGCUGCCUCCAUUCGGGAUGCACUAUUUCAGUUUCAAUUACUCAAUAUUCUGGACAAAAAGGGGCUAAUGUAACUAAGGCUGGGAAUGUCAAUACAAUCAAACUAGCAAGGGCAAUGAUCACAAGUCAGUCAUAACGUGGCUAAUAGGCUAGCAUAUCUAUUUAUGUAGCAAGCUAAAAACACGGAGCCUAAUGUUAGCUAGAUAGCUUGCUCGCUAGCUGCUAGGAGGAUGUCAUGUCAUGCCAUUGGAGGAGUGGGUGAGUGACUGACUUUUUCCCCUCAUAUCGUUUUUCGGUGGCUAUACAGUCGUGGUCAAAAGUUUUGAGAAUGACACAAAUAUUAAUUUUCACAAAGUCUGCUGCCUCAGUUUUUAUGAUGCCAAUUUGCAUAUACUCCAGAAUGUUAUGAAGAGUGAUCAGAUUAAUUGCAAUUUAAUUGCAAAGUCCCUCUUUGCCAUGAAAAUUAACUUAAUCCCCCAAAAACAUUUUCACUGCAUUUCAGCCCUGCCACAAAAGGACCAGCUGACAUCAUGUCAGUGAUUCUCUCGUUAACACAGGUGAGAGUGUUGACGAGGCUGGAGAUCACUCUGUCAUGCUGAUUGAGUUAGAAUAACAGACUGGAAGCUUUAAAAGGAGGGUGGUGCUUGAAAUCAUUGUUCUUCCUCUGUUAACCAUGGUUACCUGCAAGGAAACACGUGCCGUCAUCAUUGCUUUGCACAAAAAGCGCUUCACAGGCAAGGAUAUUGCUGCUAGUAAGAUUGCACCUAAAUCAACCAUUUAUCGGAUCAUCAAGAACUUCAAGGAGAGAGGUUCAAUUGUUGUGAAGAAGGCUUCAGGGCGCCCAAGAAAGUCCAGCAAGCGCCAGGACCGUCUCCUAAAGUUGAUUCAGCUGUGGGAUCGGGGCACCACCAAUGCAGAGCUUGCUCAGGAAUGGCAGCAGGCAGGUGUGAGUGCAUUUGCAUGCACAGUGAAGCAAAGACUUUUGGAGGAUGGCCUGGUGUCAAGAAGGGCAGCGAGGAAGCCACUUAUCUCCAGGAAAAACAUCAGGGACAGACUGAUAUUCUGCAAAAUGUACAGGGAUUGGACUGCUGAGGACUGGGGUAAAGUAUUUUUCUCUGAUGAAUCCCCUUUCCGAUUGUUUGGGGCAUCCGGAAAAAAGCUUGUCUGGAGAAGACAAGGUGAGCGCUACCAUCAGUCCUGUGUCAUGCCAACAGUAAAGCAUCCUGAGACCAUUCAUGUGUGGGGUUGCUUCUCAGCCAAGGGAGUGGGCUCACUCACAAUUUAGCCUAAGAACACAGCCAUGAAUAAAGAAUGGUACCAACACAUGCUCCGAGAGCAACUUCUCCCAACCAUCCAAGAACAGUUUGGUGACGAACAAUGCCUUUUCCAGCAUGAUGGAGCACCUUGCCAUAAGGCAAAAGUGAUAACUAAGUGGCUCAGGGAACAAAACAUCGACAUGCCAGGAAACUCCCCAGACCGUAAUCCCAUUGAGAACUUGUGGUCAAUCCUCAAGAGGCGGGUGGACAAACAAAAACCCACAAAUUCUGACAAAUUCCAAGCAUUUAUUAUGCAGGAAUGGGCUGCCAUCAGUCAGGAUGUGGCCCAUAAGUUAAUUGACAGCAUGCCAGGGCAGAUUGCAGAGGUCUUGAAAAAGAAGGGUCAACACUGCAAAUAUUGACUCUUUGCAUAAACUUAAUGUAAUUGUCAAUAAAAGCCUUUGACACUUAUGGAAUGCUUGUAAUUAUACUUCAGUAUACCAUAGUAACAUCUGACAAAAAUAUCUAAAAACACUGAAGCAGCAAACUUUGUGAAGACCAAUACUUGUGUCAUUCUCAAAACUUUUGACCACGACUAUACACAGCUAGAGAGGCAGGUGUCAUUUGGUUAGCUAGCAAGAACUUGAACGACUGUUAUACAGUUAGCAUAUCUCUUGCGUUCGCAAAUUCACUCUGGCUAUCUACUCCGAUUUCAGAGCACUCUCGUCUGAGUGUGCCAGAGCGCAGAACAACUGAUGAAUGGGGCAGCAGGUAGCUUAGUGGUUAAGAGCGUUGUGCCAGUAACCGAAAGGUAGCUGGUUCUAAUCCCCGAGCCGACUAAGUGAAAGAUCUGUCGAUGUGCCCUUGAGCAAGGCACUUAACCCUAAUUGCUCAUGUAAGUCGCUCUGGAUAAGAGCGUCUGCUAAAUGACAAAAAAAAAAAAAUGAAUUUACGAACACGCAACACCUACUGAAUAUGACCGGUGUCAGUAAACGUAGGCAAAAAAAGUAAUAGUUAGUCAAGAACGCUCUAGAUAGCAUAUAAUAACAGCCUAACCAGCUCUGUUCUCUCAUUUGUGUCUGGAAGUAGCUAGCUAGCAAGCUAGACAACGUUAGCCAGUUAGCUUGAGUGCUUGGUUGGGACAAGCAUGCAUUGCAGGCAAGCUGUAGAAGGAUGAGGAGGCUAUAAUUCUCCAACGUUUAUCAGUGCAAUUUUGACGGCCAACUAGCUGAAAAAGUUUGAGAGGGUUUAUCUAAUGUUCCUUUGUUAGAUUUGAGUUCAUCUUGCUCUGGCUUGCAUUAGUUGUUGCUCUUAAUGUUGUUGAUGUGCAUAACUGAGGGAGAGAGAGCCUACCUUUUCAAUGCAUACUAAUUAUCUGAAGUCGCGCUGUUGCAACUGCCUGUAAACACACAGUCCAGUUCAAAGUGAAUGAUGGCAUGCCCGUGUGGCAAAUGGCUUGUUUGUAUAAAGGUCUACUGUAGCUCUGAUUGGCUAUAGCGCCCUGGUCUGUGUAGAGGUCCUGGACAAGACAGAUGUUUUUAUUCUGUUUUAUUUACUGCAGUGUCUAUUAAUUGUCCAAACGCACAGCCGUUUUCCCACUCUAUAUUGCAGUAGAAUUCUCACAAAUGCCUUAAUAUAUGUAAUUCCCAAACAUUCUAAGAAUUUAUGAAAACGUGAAAAUGACGAUAUCUAAGUGGUCACUUGUCAGAAUGUUUUUUAAAAAAGUGUCAUAUUCUUCCUGGGGUGUAUAUGAACACAUUUUAAUAAGAUUUAAUGUUGCUAAAAUGCUGUCAUUUUCCACUUUAAAUGUAACAAGUUAUUUUCAACGAGAUGGCUAACAACAGCAAGCACACUGCAAUAAAAAACACAGUUCCACUCACCAGAUGAUGAUAAUUUGAAACUUAACUCCUUGUUGAAAGUUAUUCUUGAAAAGGGAGAAGCUAACAAAUUAGCAACAGCAUCCUCUUUGAUAACACCUGCUGCCGCUGCAAACUAGCCAUCAACAAAAGCUAGCUAGCUAGACCGUGGGAAAACUACUGCUCACUAUUGCGUAGUGACCUGUUGGCCUUCAAGAAGGCAGACGUUUCCAUACUUUGUGGUAAAAACGGUCCCACUCAUUAAGUCAAAAUGUGAUUGGUUAAUUCCACUGUCACUCCAAAAUGUUGUCCUAAUAAAGUUGAAUGGCAGAUGCCUUUAUCUAGCUUCUGAUGGCCUAGCCAAUGGCUGACUUAGCUAGCUAGAUGUAUCUCCCCAGAGACUAGCAAAUAAAAAUCUUGAUUGGAUAUUUUCUUCUCUUCAGUGUUAACCCUUUCCUUUCCCCAAAAAACUGAAGAGAUUAAAUCAGAACAUUAGAGUGGCUCUAUUUUCCCUCAGCAUGCAUUUUGUCACUAUUCUUAAUGUCUAAACAAUCCAUAUGUUGUUCUGAAAUAUGAACACAGAAAUACUGGACAUUUUGAACUCUUAUUAUGGUGGUGAUUUGACAAAAUUACAAUCGUGGUCUUGAAUUGGACAUGAGUUUUUCUGGUCUCAGUCUUGACUCGGUCUCGGACCCCUUGUCCCCCUCCCGGUCUCGGUCUUGACUCAGUCUCGCCCCCCCUCCGGUCUUGGUUUUGACUCGGACUCGAUUUGCUCCGGUCUUGGUCUUCAAUCGGUCUCGCUUUAGGUGGUCUCGAACACAACUCUGGCAGCUUUGCAGUCAUUAAGUCGAGUGAAAAUUGACCUUUCAAUGCACCAGAGAUUUCUCAUCAUGUCUAGACACGAUUUUACAGUCACAGAACAAAAUAUUGAACUGAAAAUGUUCAAUGGAACAGAGACUUCAGAAAAUGUAAUUACUAGUUUGGCUUACUCAUUUAAGGAAGGUAAUGUUGUUUUGAAGUCAACAGAUUAACCACAGUUAUGGGUAUAACUUCAAUCAAAUGUCACACUAUUGAUAAUUUAUAAGGAAAUCAGUGUUUUAAUUUGCACUGGAGAGGUGCUUGAGGUGUUUUUGAAAAGCUAUGCAAGGCAAGCACUAGCUUGCAAACAAUAUUUCUCACAGUGAGGAGCCAAUCAUAAAGCAGAAAUUAAAAUGACAAAAGAGAGCAGAUUGUGUUUUGGUCAUAUUGACCAGAGAGUAUGCAAUGUUGCAAGUAAUUUCAGCAAAUGAACUAGACUAACAUCAUUCUGAAAAAGUUUACAAAAGCUGUGUGUGCGUGCGUGUGUACAGAAUAGGUGAAGACUAUUGGUCUCAAUGCUACUAUUUAAAAGAAAACUCUCCAUCACAUUCAAAAUGUAUAAAACAGUGCUAUCUGAGUUUUACCGGACAAAAGGAAAGUUACUUUUUGGUACUGCUGCCUAAUGAGAGCCCUCCCCGUGUCUUGUCUCCUCCCUCCUGUCUCCUUCCCUCCUCUUUCUACUCUUCUCCUCUAUUCUCUUUUCUUCACUUUUCUAUCCUCUCCCCUCCCUCGUCCAGGAGUGGACAGACACCUGCUGCCGAGGCAUCCGCAGCGCUCACGUCUACAUCCUGGUCUAUGACAUCUGCUGCUUCGACAGCUUUGAAUACAUCAAGACCAUGCGCCAACAGAUCCUAGAGACCAGGUGAGGACACGGCCUGCAUGCCAAAUAGGGGCCAGCUCUGGCUGGCACCAGCUCUUUGAACUCAGACGUAAUUAUGGCUCGCUAUGAAUAGAGCAGCCUUGGCUGCAAUCGGCAAUCAGGAGCCUCCACCGCCACACUCACAUAGAACAUUUAUUUAACAUUUGGACUGAAAUCAACAUGAGUGGCUCAGACUGCCAGGGUCAAGUGUCUUAUAAUCACUUCGGCUUCUCUUCACAAUCCCUCCAUUCAUUGUCUUUUUUCUCUUUUGUGUGUUCUUUUGAAUUCUGUAUUUUUGGGAUGUUGUUGGAAGCGAAUGCGGUGUGGAAUGGUGUGAUGAAAAACAGUGCCGAAAAGAGUUUUAACAACACCCACUUUACAGACACUCACAAUAGACGCUAUAGACACAACAUGUACUUGUUACAAAACAAGUAUUUCACAGUGGUUAUCUUAAACAAGUUGUCACAGUCUGAAAGAACUGUUACCAAGCCAAUCUUUCACUGUGGAUGAAAUGUAUCCAGAAACAUUAGAUGAUUUUUUAACAAACCACCCCUCUUGGCUUUUAGCUGAAGAAAAUCGAUAACCAUUCCUUGCGAAUCCACAAAUCUCAUGUCAGUAGUGCUCGCUUGCUUUUCAGGUCGAUAAAUCUCUCCGAAUCCAGGCAGCUGCUAAACCAAUUCUGUGUCAUAUAAUUAGUCAAAGCAAUUUGCGCAAACCAUACCUCCUGGGAGCCCAGAUAGCUUUAAUCAGAGACUGUGUGUCCUAAUAAUAGGUUUGGGAAAAGGCUGGUGUUCGUCUUAGACUGAUGUCAGUGUGGGAUAGUGACAUGAUGUGACGUUUGGAGGGACGGAUGUGUGAUACGUGUGUGUACAUCAGUGGAGCGGAGAUUGAUUCUGAGAGCCAUUAGCUUGCAACCACGUGUCUUGUCAUUGUGAGGCAACCAGUGACCUUGGUGGCAAACACGUGUUUAAUUUAUAAUGAAAUAAUCUUCACACCGCCAUCUCUCUCGCAUGUCUCACAUGUCUCGCUCGCACACACACAGAGGGAGAGAUGGGUUGUUUAAUAUAAUCUCCAAAUCUGCUAAUGGGCCAGGGAUUAGACUGACAGCUGGUUGGCUGCCUCUCCUAAAUCAUAUGUGCUUGUAUUGUAGUAGAGACCUGUUGAAGUGUGAUUUUUCUGCAAUGUACAUACUGUAUGUGCUGCUAUUGUAAUGAAGAAGUUGUCAUAUCUAAUGUAUUAUAAAAUAUGUCUAAUUUAGUUGAAGUUCUUCAUAACACACCAUGGUAAAAAUGUAUCAAGGCAUAGGAGUUACUGUAGGUUUGAACCAACCAACCCCCUUGGCCUCAGUUUUGAAAAGUCAAUAAGGCUUCCUCUUGAAUCCACACAUGUUCCUCUUCGUGGCACUGAGACGUGAAAGUGGACGUCACAGCUGUUCCAGAGGUGACAGUAGGUGACAAGUGAUCUGUCAUUGGCAGCAGUGAUGGAUGUGAGGUGAAGUUGUCCCAUCAGCCUGUUGGCUGCUGUCACAGGGUGUGUGAGCAUGAGGCCGUCAGUCAGUGCCCACUCUGACAGCGCCACGUUGCCAAUGCCAUACAGAGGCUAAUGGUGUCAGUGACCGGUCCUGUCACAGCCAUUAAUCUCCCAGUCAUACAUUUAUGGGGUGGGCUCGCCAAGGUAUGAUUAUGCACAAAUCAUUCGCUUUUUUAGAUUUACGUGCUAAAGGUUUUGCAGUACAUGCUUGUAAAAUCGACAUUUGGAGAAGUAGGCUACAUUCUUUUGAAAUCAAUAUAAGGAACUGACAGUUGAGGAAAAGCUACUUAUUUCUUAGGAAAGAGGGAACUGUCACAAGAACUAUCAUCAUCUUCAGGAGAUAAGGGAGAGGAGGGUGACAUUCUGGGUCUUAUUCACAUAUAUCUGACUAGAGAUACAGUGCAUUCGGAAAGUAUUCAGACCCCUUGACCUUUUCCACAUUUUGUUAUGUUACAGCCUUAUUCUUAAAUUGAUUAAAUUGUUUUUUCCCCCCUCGUCAAUAUACACACAAUACCCCAUAAUGACAAAGCAAAAACAGAUUUUUAGAAAUAUUUGCAAAUGUAUCAAAUAAAAUAAAAACAUCCCCACAGCAUGAUGCUGCCACCACCAUGCUUCACCGUAGGGAUGUUGCCAGGUUUCCUCCAGGCGUGACGCUUGGCAUUCAGGCCAAAGAGUUCAAUCUUGUUUCUCAUGGUCUGAGUCCUUUAGGUGCCUUCUGACGAACUCCAAGCGGGCUAUCAUGUGCCUUUUACUGAGGAGUGACUUCUGUCCGGCCACUCUACCAUAAAGGCCUGAUUGGUGGAGUGCUGCAGAGAUGGUUGUCCUUCUGGAAGGUUCUCCCAUCUCCACAGAGGAACUCUGGAGCUCUGUCAGAGUGACCAUCGGGUUCUUGGUCACCUCCCUGACCAAUGCCCUUCUCCCCCGAUUGCUCAGGUUGGCCGGGCGGCCAGCACUAGGAAGAGUCUUGGUGGUUCCAAACUUCUUCCAUUUAAGAAUGAUGGAGGCCACUGUGUUCUUGGGGACCUUCAACGCUGCAGACAUUUUUAGGUACCCUUCCCCAGAUCUGUGCCUCGACACAAUCCUGUCUCGGAGCUCUAUGGACAAUUCCUUUGACCUCAUGGCUUGGUUUUUGCUCUGACAUGCACUGUCAACUGUGGGACCUUAUAUAGACAGGUGUAUGCCUUUCCAAAUCAUGUCCAAUCAAUUGGAUUUACCACUGGUGGACUCCAAUCAAGUUGUAGAAACAUCUCAAGGAUGAUAAAUGGAAACAGGAUGCACCUGAGCUCAAUCCGAGUCUCAUAGCAAAGGGUCUGAAUACCUAUGUAAAUAAGGUAUGUUUUUUUUAAAAAAAUUAUACAUUUGCAAACAUUUCUAACUACCUGUUUUCACAUUGUCAUUAUGGGAUAUUCUGUGUAGAUUGCUGAGAUAUAUAUAUAUUUUUUCAAUCGAUUUUAGAAUAAGGCUGCAACGUAUCAAAUUGAACACUCACCUCAGAAACCCAAGGUUUCAAACAAAGCUCUGUAGGAGCUACCAGCAUAUUACUUUGACAAGAGGGGGAUCUUUGUGAUUUUAAACCUUCUCUCGUUUAACUCACAGUUUUUAGAUAUGUUGCGCCCCUGGUUUUUGGUCAUGAAUAACUCCAAACAGACACGGCCCUUAAUCCUCUCCCUACGUAGACUUCCUGAUAAAAAAAGGCUUAAAGAGUCAAUUUUGGACAGGGUUGGCAGGGCAGGGGAUUUGAUAACGCUGCCUCAAUAGCGUCAACUAUAACUGAGAUACAAACCUGUGAGUCAGUCAUAGCUAAACCUUGCUUUUAUGUGAUGCUGUGUUUCUGUUUAAAUGAGCACAGAAAAGCAACCAAUGUGUGUUGAAUACCUCAGGCUUUAGCUGACCACAGGUGUCUUACCUGUCAUUCUCAGUGUGUUUUUGUCUCUCUUUUCCUCUCCAGGGUGUUGGGCACAGGCGAUAUGCCCAUCCUGGUCGUGGGGAACAAGCGGGACCUACAGCGGGGGCGUGUAAUCCCCCGCCACAACGUGUCUGACCUGGUGAGGAAAAACUGGAAGUGCGGCUAUGUGGAGUGUUCAGCGAAGUUCAACUGGCACGUGCUUCUGCUGUUCGGGGAGGCUCUGCGCAGUGUGGGCUGUGCCCGCUGCAAACACGUCCAUGCAACCAUCCGCUUCCAACGGGCACUGAGAAACGAACGCUGUGCCCUCAUGUGAUUUACACAGUGACAGUGGGUGGGCACUGGAGUGGCAUUGAGGGCCAUUGGUACAGGAAACCUCCCUAAGACCACCUGAGAAGUAUUGAUGGACCACCAUGACUGACCACGUUUCUGUCCCAUGUGAAGCUACAGUAUUAACAUAUAACAGCCCUCUGUUUUGCUGCUAUUAUCGGAUUUGAUCAGGGAUGGAGAGUACCACCCUAUCCAUCUUUGUAAAGUAUCUUUGAUCUUUUCUUGACUUGGAGGCAGCUAAACCAACCUAAAACCCCUGGUUGUAAAAUUCUGAACUCGUCCAAGUGCACUAAAGGAACUUUCCAGCAUCUGGGAGUCGCUUCAGACAGACAGAUUGGCAUAUGUUGUUUGACUCACCUGGAUGUUGAUCGAUGUAUGACAUUGCUAAUGUAAAAGCCCUGUUUGGAGUGGGAUUGAGGCUGACAUCUGCUGAUGCAUUAUCUUUCUCUGCUCUGAUAUGUCUUGAAGGUGCACACUUGAUCAUAUAAUCCCCAGAGGUAGCAAUACGAAUUCCAUACACACCAAUCUCAAAUUAAAAAAAAGCAAAAGAUAAAAACUGUCAUUCAAUUUACGCCAAUAGCAAAAUACCCUCUCCUUUAGUCCUCUGAAACCAAAACAAACCACCAUAGGGACAGUGUCCCACACAGUGUUUAAGCUUCUAGUAGCUUACAAAACACUGAACGUUCUCACCAGAGAACUUCUGUUUCAUUUACUGAGAAAACCUCACUUUUUACCUCAGUGUUUCCUAGUCUUGGUGAAGCUUUAAGCGAGCCCAGUGAAUUUCAAAGUGGAUGGUGUGAUUCUGUUAUAUGGAGUAAUCCAAUCCAGUCCACUUUUACGCUCCACUCGCAAACAAAAACAACUGUGUACAUCCUAAAUCUACAACUGUAGAAGCACAUAAGGGUGUUUAUAUACAUAUACCUACAAACACAACUCAGACCAAACCCCUGAUAUGAGACUUAAUAAAUAUAAGGUCUAAAUGUAAUAAAAUACUUGAGAGGCUAGAC